CUAAACAAAUUUGAUGAUUGAGAUUGCGAAAUACCUACAUAGGUAGGUACCUUCUUGAUGAGUUAGCUAUUCAACUUCAUUCGACACUAAAGAGUUUUUACAAGAGCGCAAGCGCGUCCUUAUAAAAUGUUGCUUCGUAAAAGUUUCUCUAAAGCAGCAGCAAGUAAUGACUCAUAGAUAUCAGUCGUGCAAUCUUGUGGUUUUUUGUUGAGUUUCGACAAUUCAAUGACGCAACGCAACGUAACUCGUCUGUUGGCGAUCAAAUCCCCGCGCUCGCAUGCCUGGUGCUGCGGGCACUGUCAAUAAACUUUGGCCGUACAAGGUGAGCUCACUGAAUGUUAUUUUGUUCGUCGUCGCUCGAAUAAAAACCUGUACCUGCUUAGAUUUAUUUGUAAGCUCUACAUGUUUUCAAAUGCGUUUCCAUUUUUAUAAUUACUGUCCACGUUUCUGUAGCAAUUUGCAGAUUUUAUAGUAAUGAUUUUAGAGGUCAAGAUCAUAUAAAAAAAUUGCUAAAUUACGGAACUCGCAUGGUUGCUGGUGAAAGUGGCAAACACGAGUACUCGGGCAGCGGCGCGAGACGGGCGCGGGCGGGUGUACUGGUCUGAGCCAGACGUGGCGGAAGAAGCGGACUUAUUGCGCGCAGGCCGCGCAUGUAUUGCUGUCGUUUGUGUUCUUGUGUCGCUAAAAGCACGUAAUGUUUAUAAUGCCGUGCUAGCUUCUUACUAUUUAUCAUGCAAUAAAUACACAUUUACGUUCUGUGAUCUUGAUAUUGCCUCAAAUGUGCAUAAAACAUUAUAAAGUCGUGUGUAACCAAGGAGAAUCCAAUCGGAUAAGUCUGGUGAAAAUUAAAAUAUGUUAUAUUGCCGCGGAAGAGGCAGAUAGUGGUAAGAGGAAUGGCUAGUGAUGAGACGUCGAGUGGCGGCGGGGGUAUGGAGCCGACGAGCUUGGAGUACAUGGAAGAUCCGUACUUCGUGCCACCGGACGACGACUCGACGCCGAGCUUCGACGUUGCAGUGGACGAGCUGGACGAGGCCGAGGAGCUGACCAGCUGGCCCCACGACGACGCGGACGCCGACUGGCGCGCGCUGCCGGACCUCGCUGACGCUGCGCUCUGCAUUGAGACAGAAUUCUAUAUGGACAAUCGCCGGCGACGAUUGCGUAUAUUUAGAAAAAAAAUGCGCGAAGUCAGAGUCACGUUCCAAGAUCUAUCAAAGCCUUAUCUUGCCAAAGUAUCAAGUCACACGAAUUACAAAAAGUUUUUAGGUAUCACACUUGGAGCCGAGGAAGCCAUGCCCGCGGCCGGCGGGCCCGGCGGGGCCGGCGACCCGCACGUGGUGGACGAGCUGGCGGGGCUGACGCCCGAGCAGGCCGAGCAGCUGCGCGCCGAGUGGAGUCGCGAGCUCGCCAGGGUGGAGGACGAAAUCGCGACGCUGCGGACCGUCCUUCAGAGCAAGAUCCGCCAGAGCUCCGAGCUAAAACGGAAACUUGGCAUUACCGUGUGGAAGGAAAUAACUGAAGAUGUCAAUCAGGGUCUGAAAAACGUGAAAGAAAGCCAAGUCUAUCAAACGAUAGAAACACGCGUGGCUGAUCUUACAAAGGCUGUGACUGAAGCACCAAUAUACCAAAAAACUGAAUCUGUGAUAAAAACCACUGCGGAGAAGACCACGUCGAUCCUGGGCGGCAUCACUGCCGGCGUGUCCAGCAAACUCGGCCAGAUGCGCAACUCGGAGUCCUUCCGUUCCAUCGAAGAGCGAGUCGGCUCGGCCUAUGAGAAUGUUAAGGGUAAAGUAGCCUCCCGGUCCAAUUCCACACAGAGCUUCGACGAGGCGCUGCGCGACGCGUCGCGCGCCGCCAGCGGCGCCACGUCCCCCACCAUCCCCGAACACAAACCCUUGCCUUAAUGCGGCCCCAACCUCGCCCCACGCCGACUUCACUGGAACAUCACUCCUUUCAGCAAAAUACUGGUGAAAUCUCUAAUAUGUGUAUUUUUUUUUCUAAUUCGUAAUUUCUUCUCUUCGAAUUUCUUAUUACGAACAUUGGUGUCAGACUUUAUUCAGGUCAUUGCCAACUAGCAGAAAAAACCUGUAGUAAAUAAAAGAUGAGCUCAUUUAUGUUUGGUUAAAUUUAUGUCGAUGUUACGCUUUAAAAAGAAUAUAAUGUUAAGAGUACCUGUUGUUCAUUCGAAGUACUUUAAUAAGGUUUCGUCGAGUUUCGCUUCAAGAUACCUUUAAUAUGUUUUUUUUUAUUGUAUUAAGAUAAUUUCACUGCACCUUUCCAAGCCCUUUGUUUUUUUCAGUACAAAUCGAAAUAAACUACAUACCUAAGCGGAGGAAAAAUUAAAAUUGAAAUUUCUGUCACAGCUUCAUUUGUAUCUUGUUAAUGUAAUGUACAAACUUGUGAUAGCAAUUCUUUUUCGUUAUUUGGGUAACAAAUCAAAGUAUUUCGGCGUGGUAAUUGAACUGAUAAGUGGUAAUUUGAGACUGUAGGGCUUUUUUUAGUGUUCGAAUAAUUAUACUUAUUCACAUUUCAUUAUUUGUGCCUAAUAUUGCAUUCCAAAAAGAUUAUGUCACUCGAGUGUCGUCGUUUUAACAUUUUAUCACUAUUUAUAUUGAGUACAUAGACGAUAAGUAGAUGUGAGAAAGUAAAUGAAUAAAUCUACUCUGUAUUUCCUAACUGUGACUUAACAUCGUAUAAAUUUUACCUAGUACAUGUAGUAAAUAUGUUUUUAUGAUAAAUGUAAUAAUUAGGCGCUUAACGCAAAAAUAUUGUCUUAAAAUAUAGUCAUCGUCAUGUGAAGUGACGUAAGCUGAAGUAAGUGUAUGUGCCGGUAAUAGCGGCCGAAAUUGCCAUGAAAUUGAUUUGUUUGAUGGCUAUUGACAGUACUUUUUAAAAAACAUUUUUAAGUUAUCUGACAUAAUGCCAUUUACGUCACCGUUAGAAAAUAUCACUCAAAUUGUACAAUGUUCACGUUGUUAUCACUUUAAAUGUAUUACCAUACUAUCACACAUGUUGGAACCACUAAGAAUAAAGAUAUGGGGCAAAUUAUUGUGUAAAAAAACAUCACUAUAACUUGUCGAUGCCUGUUAGGUCCAUAAAAUAUAUUUUUAUAAAAUGCUUAGCUUUCUGUUACUUAUUAAAUAUUUCCACUAUUUACAUUAAAUGCCUCAAUGGUAAAUAAAAUGAUGUAUUAUUUCAAA